GGCCCGCGUGGGUCAGCUGAUCGCGCACUGAGGGUGCGAUCCCGGGCUCCCCAUUCCUUCGUGGGGCGCCUCCCCGGCCCAGGGCCAACUGGGUCCCGGUGUCGGCAGGCCUGGGGUCGGCGACGGCUGCUCUUUUCGUUCUGUCGCCUGCCCGAUGGACGAGCCUCCCGGGAAGCCCCUCAGCUGUGAGGAGAAGGAAAAGUUAAAGGAGAAAUUAGCAUUCUUGAAAAGGGAAUACAGCAAGACACUAGCCCGCCUUCAGCGUGCCCAAAGAGCUGAAAAGAUUAAACAUUCUAUUAAGAAAACAGUAGAAGAGCAAGAUUGUUUGUCUCAGCAGGAUCUCUCACUGCAGCUAAAACACUCAGAACCUAAAAAUAAAAUAUGUGUUUAUGACAAGUUACACAUCAAAACCCAUCUUGAUGAAGAAACUGGAGAAAAGACAUCUAUCACACUUGAUGUUGGGCCUGAGUCCUUUAACCCUGGAGAUGGCCCAGGAGGAUUACCUAUACAAAGAACAGAUGACACCCAAGAACAUUUUCCCCACAGGGUCAGUGACCCUAAUGGUGAGCAAAAGCAGAAGCUGCCAAGCAGAAGAAAGAAGCAGCAGAAGAGGACAUUUAUUUCACAGGAGAGAGACUGUGUCUUUGGCACUGAUUCACUCAGAUUGUCUGGGAAAAGACUAAAGGAACAGGAAGAAAUCAGUAGCAAAAAUCCUGCUAGAACACCAGUAACUGAAGUAAGAACUCACUUUUUAAGUCUUAAAUCUGAACUUCCAGAUUCUCCAGAACCAGUUACAGAAAUUAAUGAAGACAGUGUAUUAAUUCCACCAACUGCCCAACUAGAAAAAGGUGUUGAUACAUUCCUAAGAAGACCUAAUUUCACCAGGGCGACUACAGUUCCUUUACAGACUCUAUCAGAUAGCGGUAGUAGUCAGCACCUUGAACACAUUCCUCCUAAAGGUAGCAGUGAACUUACUACUCACGACCUAAAAAACAUUAGAUUUACUUCACCUGUAAGUUUGGAGGCACAAGGCAAAAAAAUGACUGUCUCUACAGAUAACCUCCUUGUAAAUAAAGCUAUAAGUAAAAGUGGCCAACUGCCCACAAGUUCUAAUUUAGAGGCAAAUAUUUCAUGUUCUCUAAAUGAACUCACCUACAAUAACUUACCAGCAAAUGAAAACCAAAACUUAAAAGAACAAAAUCAAACAGAGAAAUCUUUAAAAUCUCCCAGUGACGCUCUUGAUGGCAGGAAUGAAAAUCUUCAGGAAAGUGAGAUUCUAAGUCAACCUAAGAGUCUUAGCCUGGAAGCAACCUCUCCUCUUUCUGCAGAAAAACAUUCUUACACAGUGCUUGAAGGCUUUCUGUUUCCUGCAGAAUAUUAUGUUAGAACAACACGAAGCAUGUCCAAUUGCCAGAGGAAAGUAGCCCUGGAGGCCGUCAUUCAGAGUCAUUUGGAUGUCAAGAAAAAAGAGUUUAAAAAUAAAAAUAAGGAUGCAAGUAAAAAUUUAAACCUUUCCAAUGAGGAAACUGACCAAAGUGAAAUUCGGAUGUCUGGCACAUGCACAGGACAACCAAGUUCAAGAACCUCUCAGAAACUUCUCUCAUUAACUAAAGUCAGCUCUCCCGCUGGGCCCACUGAAGAUAAUGACUUGUCUAGGAAGGCAGUUGCCCAAGCACCUGGUAGAAGAUACAGAGAAAAAAGAAAAUCAGCCUGCACCCCAGCAUCAGAUCAUUGUGAACCACUUUUGCCAACUUCUAGCCCGUCGGUUGUUAACAGGUCCAAGGAGGAAGUCACCUCACACAAAUAUCAGCACGAAAAAUUAUUUAUUCGAGUGAAAGGGAAGAAAAGUCGUCAUCAAAAAGAGGAUUCCCUUUCUUCGAGUAAUAGUGCUUAUUUAUCCUUGGAUGAUGAUGCUUUCACGGCUCCAUUUCAUAGGGAUGGAAUGCUGAGUUUAAAGCAACUACUGUCUUUUCUCAGUAUCACAGACUUUCAGUUACCUGAUGAAGACUUUGGACCUCUUAAGCUUGAAAAAGUGAAGUCCUGCUCAGAAAAACCAGUGGAGCCCUUUGAGUCAAAAAUGUUUGGAGAGAGACAUCUUAAAGAGGGAAGCUGUAUUUUUCCAGAGGAACUGAGUCCUAAACGCAUGGAUACAGAAAUGGAGGACUUAGAAGAGGACCUUAUUGUUCUACCAGGAAAAUCACAUCCCAAAAGGCCAAACUCACAAAGCCAGCAUACAAAGACGGGCCUUUCUUCAUCCAUAUUACUUUAUACUCCUUUAAAUACGGUUGCGCCUGAUGAUAAUGACAGGCCUACUACAGACAUGUGUUCACCUGCUUUCCCCAUCUUAGGUACUACUCCAGCCUUUGGCCCUCAAGGCUCCUAUGAAAAAGCAUCUACAGAAGUUGCUGGACGAACUUGCUGCACACCCCAACUUGCUCAUUUGAAACACUCAGUCUGUCUUGCCAGUGAUACUAAACAAUUCGACAGUUCAGGCAGCCCAGCAAAACCACAUACCACCCUGCAAGUGUCAGGCAGGCAAGGACAACCUACCUGUGACUGUGACUCUGUCCCGCCAGGAACACCUCCACCCAUUCAGUCAUUCACUUUUAAAGAAAAUCAGCUCUGUAGAAACACAUGCCAGGAGUUGCAUAAACAUUCCGUCGAACAGACUGAAACAGCAGAGCUUCCUGCUUCUGAUAGCAUAAACCCAGGCAACCUACAAUUGGUUUCAAAGUUAAAGAAUCCUUCAGGUUCCUGUUCGGUAGAUGUGAGUGCCAUGUUUUGGGAAAGAGCCGGUUGUAAAGAGCCAUGUAUCAUAACUGCUUGUGAAGAUGUAGUUUCUCUUUGGAAAGCUCUGGAUGCUUGGCAGUGGGAAAAACUUUAUACCUGGCACUUCGCAGAGGUUCCAGUAUUACAGAUAGUUCCAGUGCCUGAUGUGUAUAAUCUCGUGUGUGUAGCUUUGGGAAAUUUGGAAAUCAGAGAGAUCAGGGCAUUGUUUUGUUCCUCUGAUGAUGAAAGUGAAAAGCAAGUACUACUGAAGUCUGGAAAUAUAAAAGCUGUGCUUGGCCUGACAAAGAGGAGGCUAGUUAGUAGCAGUGGGACCCUUUCUGAUCAACAAGUAGAAGUCAUGACGUUUGCAGAAGAUGGAGGAGGCAAAGAAAACCAAUUUUUGAUGCCCCCUGAGGAGACUAUACUAACUUUUGCUGAGGUCCAAGGGAUGCAAGAAGCUCUGCUUGGUACUACUAUUAUGAACAACAUUGUUAUUUGGUCAGACUGCUUGGAGUCCGGUAAGACUGAAAGCAGCUCAGAGACUAUGUCUUACUCUGUCACCCAAACUAGAGUGCACUGGCAUGACCAUAACUCACUGCAACCUCGAAUGCCUGGGCUCAAACGCAGGUCAUUUUUUAUUCGACUACUUUGUAAAUACUCUUUCUUCAACUCUACCCUCAUCCCUCAAAAGAAAACCUUUACAGGGGCCCAUGUUUGCUUUCCUUCCACUUUUAUUUCCCCAGUGCUCUAGUACAAAAAUGUCCUCUCCAGCUCUGCCGUCCUCCUUUCCUCCCUUUUUCCUUCCCAUCUCUCAGUUGUACCCUUUUUCUAUAAGUAGUCCUUUGGCAUUUCGUAUAUAAGAGGUCACAAAGGAAUUUGAGAUUGGGGAGGGAUUUCUUUCUGAAACAGAGUCUCACUCAGUACCCAGGCUGGAGUGCAUAGGCAUGACUCACUGCAUUUUGAGGUAGCUCACUGCAACCUCAAACUUCUGGGCUCAAGGAAUCCUCCCACCUCAGCCUCCUGAGUAGCUGGGACUGCAGGCACACAGCAUCAUGCCCUGCUAAUUUUUAAAUUUUUUGUAGAGAUGAGAACUUGGUAUGUUACUCAGGCUGGUCUUGAACUCCUUGGCGCAAGCAAUCCUCCCACUUCAGCCUCCCAAAGUGCUGAGACCACAGAUGUACACCACCAUGCCUGGCUAAUUUUUAUUUUUCUUUUUCUUUGUAGAGGCAGGGUCUUGCUAUUUUUUCCAGGCUGGUCUUGGACUUUUGGACUUAAGCAACCCUCCCACCUCGGCCUUCUAGAGUGCUGGGAAGUUGGGGAGGGAUUUCUAUACUUGGCUUCUAAGUUCCCCUUAGGGGAUAUUUUCACCCCCACAAUACCUUGAGUUCUGUUGUACUAUUCCAGCCUUCAUUGAUGUUUCCUUCUCCGAAUUCAUACUGCCUUGGUUGUUUUUUUGUUUUUGUUUUUUUGAGAGAAGGUCUCAGUCUGUUGCCCAUGAGUACAGUGGCAUGACUAUGGCUCACUGAAGUCUCAACCUCUCAGGCUCAAGCAGUCCUCCCACCUCAGCCUCCUGAGUAGCAGGACUACAGAUGCAUGCCACCAGCCUUGACUAAUUUAAAAAAAAAAAAUUUUUUUUUUAAAUUUUUUUUUGUAGAGACAGGGUCUUCCCAUGUUGCCUAGACUGGUCGUGAACUCCUCAAUGCAAGUGAUCCUCCCGCCUCAGCCUCCCAAAGUGCUGGGAUUGUAGACAUAAGCUGCCGCACCUGGCCUGCCUUGAUUUUUAAUUUAGUAUUUGCUUCUUUGUGUUGUUUAUCCUCUCUCGUUUUUGAAGACAGGUACCAUGUCUCAUAUCUAUUCUUGGUGCCUGCCUUAGCUCCAUGUUUAGGGUAGUUACUCAAAGGUGUAUUAAUCAUAUUGUCUGUCAAAAGCUAUUACUUACCUUUUGGGCUCUGUAUAAUUUUAUACUUACAUGUAGUAUUUGUUCUUAUUUAACUCCUGAUUUGUUAGAUGUCUCAAGUGAUUCAUGUUAUACUCAAGUGUCAAGUGGCUUUUUUUGGAAACUAUGCUGAAGGUCUAAAUAUUUCUUAAGCUUGGCCGGGCACGGUGGCUCACGCCUGUAAUCCCAGCACUUUGGGAGGCCGAGGUGGGCAGAUCACGACGAGGUCAGGAGAUGGAGUCCAUCCUGGCUAACACAGUAAAACCCCGUCUCUACUAAAAAUACAAAAAAUUCGCCAGGCGUGGUGGCGGGUGCCUGUAGUCCCAGCUACUCGGGAGGCUGAGGCAGGAGAAUGGCAUGAACCCAGGAGGUGGAGCUUGCAGUGAGCGGAGAUCACGCCACUGCACUCCAGCCUGGGCGACAGUGAGACUCUGUCUCAAAAAAAAAAAAAAAAAAAAAUUU